ACACCGAGGGAAGCCAGGUGCCACUGCGCAUGCGGGGAAUUUCACUCCCCGUGUCUCUCGCGUGUGUGAGGGUGGGCAGACGUUGGCAGAUAAUGGCCGCCAGGUCCCUGUGACAAAGACUUUCUUCUGUUCCUUCCUCGAUGGAGCUGUCAAGCCAUCUUCUUCAGCUCACCUGGCCUCCUGACACUGACGGGGCCUCAGGAUAGAUUUGGUUUCUCUGAAGGAGGCUGUUGCAAGAUUUUCGUAGAGCUGAAUCUCCUCCGUCACAGACUUAAAAUCUGCAUCGAACAACCCUUCCUGUGACCUGCAAUAUCAAUCUUCCACUGAGGCUACAGACAGCUGGAAAACUCAGCGAGCUCAAAUUGCCCAUAACAUCGAUGUUGCCUGUUCAUUUCAGAGCUUGGGAUGGCUCUCAGUCACUUCCUGGGUCUGCUGCUCUGUGCAGCUGCCCUCUCAGUUUCUGGAGUUGCUGGUCAGGAUGAGAACAGCGAGGCGUACAGGUGGAGCCGGCAGAGCCUCCCGCUGCUGCUGGACACCGACACACAGCCUCUGAACGCUCCUUUGUUCAGAGGGCAGGAGGAGGACGAGGACAGAGGAGGGACGAAGACGAUCUGUGGGAUAGAAUGUCAAAGCCGCCACCCGGCUCUGGACCGGGGCGAGCAAGAGAGGAUGCUGGGAUAUGAGACCUUGUAUGAGAACGGCACUCGCAUGCACACGGAUGUCAGCUUGGAGGGUUUUAACCAGACGGGAGCAGCGGCACACUCACCGGCCCGAACCCGCAGGAAACGGCAGGUUUAUGGAGCGGAUGGGCGCUUUGUGAUCUCUGACUCGCAUUUCAUCACCAACUACCCAUUUUCUGCCGCCGUACGUCUCUCCACGGGCUGCUCCGGGGUCCUGAUAUCCCCCAGACACGUGCUGACAGCAGCACACUGCAUCCACGACGGGAGGGACUACCUCGAGAGCGCCAGAAGGAUUAAAGUAGGGGUGUUACAGCUCAAGAGUAAGAGAAGAAGAGCGGGUAGGAGGAGGGCAGGGUGGAGGAGGGCUGGGAGGAGAGAAGAGGGGGAGAUAAUGGAGGAAGGUGAGGAUCAGAAUAGUAUAGAUGGAGAUGGGGCGGGAGGGAGAAAGGGAGGCAAAGGCAGGAGGCGCAGGGGGAGGAAAGGGGGUGUAGCUGAUCAGGGAGGUGUAGAGUCGGAGAGAGACGGAGGAGGGGGUGGAGGGAAACGGAACAGUCUCAACCGGAUACGUCGCAGUGCUGAGCCCAAGAAGAAACCCGUCGUCCGUUGGGCUCGAGUCAAACAAACCCGAAUCCCACAGGGUUGGAUCCAAACCAAGAGCUCCACCAACUCAGUGUCCACAGACUACGACUAUGCCGUCCUGGAGCUGAAACGACCCGUCAAACAAAAGCACAUGGAGCUCGGGGUGGCGCCACCCUCCACCCCGCUGGCUCGGAUCCACUUCUCAGGCUACGACGCCGACAAAAGCCUGCUGGACGGGCGCAGGGACGAGAUGGUGGUGUACCGUUUCUGCUCGGUGGUGAACGAGUCGGACGACUUGAUGUACCAGCACUGUGACGCGCAGUCGGGCGCUACAGGCGCAGGCGUUUACAUCCGUCUGAGGCGGGAAGAUGGAGACGCAGGCAAGAAGGGGAAGUGGCAGCGAAGGGUUAUUGGCGUGUUUUCAGGGCACCAGUGGGUGGAGGUGGAGGAGGGCGGGCAGAGGGACUUUAAUGUGGCUGUGAGGAUUACUCCACCCAAAUACGCCCAGAUCUGCCACUGGAUCCAUGGAGAUCCCAGUCUCUGUAAAGAGAUUUGACUGUAAAGUGAUGAUCUAUUUUUAAAAACACCUGUUUUUCACCAAAGACACUCAGAGAUCUGGGCCUGUAUGUAUAAAACUUCCAAAAAGCAUAGUCGUAAGAAUGGUCCAAAACUUUGAGCUCAAGAGUUGAACACUUUGUAGUAAAGGUAGGGCUUCUUACAAACACUAACUUUUAGUAAAGACUGCAGUGUUGUCUAACCAAAACUCUCUCUCUGUCUGAAGCUCUUAUGCUACAAUCCAUUGUACAUGGAUCUAAUAAUCAAUCAGAAUUGAUGCAGCAAAAACAGAAAUCCUUCAUAUUCCUUGUCAAAGGCCUCUCGCCUACAUUACCCAGCAUGCAAUUUGAACGCUAGUUGUGCCUAACGUAGCCUGAAGCCUCUGUCCUCCUGCAGAGAUGAGGAGCGACUUCCAUGUUGUGUCAGGAUGUGUUGUUAGGGUCGGACGUGUCUUAAUUAAUUUAUCAUCACACGCUUCCAAAAUAUGAAAAGUGUGAAGCCGCUGCCUCUGAUCGUCACUGCUGAACUUUCAGAGACCUGGGCUGUGGUCAAAUAGUUAAAAAAAACACUUUAUUUCCUCGACCUCGAUGGAAAAAAUCAAGAAAAGGUGUGAAGGGGAAGCUGACUGCACUUUCACUUUGGGCUACAAGGAAUCAAGGAGAUGGGAAAGGAAUCACUGAAGCAACAAUUUCUUUGUAUUUAGAGAAUUCAACCAGCUCUCAUCAGGUUUUUUCACUCAGUUAGGAGAAAAAACAACUAUUUGACUGCAACCUCAAGUCUUCAGGCACUUGACUUUAAGAAUAACAGGAAAACUGUGUAAUUUUUUAAGUUUAACUUAAGACCAAUAUGUCACUCUUUGACUCACAGCUUUAUACAUACUGGCCUGGGAACACUGAUCUGAGAUCAUAUCAGCAGACAUAUAAUCAAAGAACACUGCACAUGUCUCUGGCUCUGGAUCAGUUUAUUGAGAGACUCUAAAUCACAUGCGGUAAACUCUUUUUUGAGAGGAAUUCACUUUUUCUAACCACCACAGUUGUUUGACACCUAAUUUAUAUAACUCUGAAACUGUAAUUAUGUAAAAGAAAAAGUCAAAAAACCUACAUGUGUUGUAAAAUGUCUUUGUUGCCUUUCAGUAGCACACACAAGUAAAAAAAAAAACACUUUUCUGAUGUAUUCGAGGCGAGUAACAAUAACUUUGUGUUGUAAUUUGUGUUCAUGCCACAAACACACAGAAACACCUGUCGACAGAAAUGAACUUGUGUUGAAAAACUAUAUAAAGAUGCUGAAAUCUUUCAAACAACGAGCCGAAAGAAGCAGGACAGAGAGAAGUGACGAGCCGUGAGGGAGGUUUGGAUCAGUGUAUUUGUCUUUUAUUGCAUCUCAUUUGGACUCACAUGCAGGUGGGGGUGAGGGUGGGGGUGAGGGGAGGGAGGAACGAUGCCAUCCAUAACAACCCAAAGAGAAAAAAACAACACAGCCGUCAUUGUGAACACUUUAGCAGACAUUAUUUAUCCACGUUCCCUUUUUGUUUUUGAUGUGUCGUAGUCAUCUUUAUUUUUUCUUUCAACACUUUGUUAAUGCCACAAUGGAUUAAGAUACAGUCACUUUUGGAAAUAAACAACACACAGAACAUCCAGCGUAUACUUGAGAGUGCUUUACAGUGAGAGUCCUCGUGACGGCACGCGUGACGUACCGACGACCGCUGCUGCGUCUCAAAAAUGACCCGCACAGGACGGAGGCCACAAUCCAAUCACAUACACAAAAUGCUUCCUCGUCUCUUGGAUUCCCCACUCCGACGUUAAGUCGUCAGAGAUGAGGGG